AUGAAUCACUGUUCUAACCAGCGAGUGGGUAAGCCGACAUUUCAACAGCGGCAAUCUCAACCCACCCUCCAGGUAAACGCGGUCGACGUUCCAGCGCAGGAAGAAGAGGAGGCGUUCAACCCCACCGAGAUGCACAUUGCCUUACUUCUGCAACACCCAGACGAAGACGAACAAGAAGAAUGGGGUGGGAAAAUUAGUCUUUAG